AUUUAUUACCCACUAACGGAACAAGACGAUAACAUCAAAGCCUUCCACUUGCUCUCCAUCUACGAUCCAUAUUCCAUAGUGCCCUGAGUGGGGCUUCAAAGUUCAUCAAUGGCAGAAAUGAAAAAUAAACCCAAAUUCCAAGUCAUCUCAAGCUGUAAUUCCAACGACCCACCAAUUAAUCGUCUUCUUCCACCUCCUUUUCCCUCUUCUCUGUUCUCAAUUUCUCGCGGUCCAUUUCCAACCCAUCUGGUCUCAGCCCUUCAAAGGAAAAAAAUUAAAAAAAAAAUUCGACGCGUGGUUUCCUUUCUCUUCCUUGCUUUUCUUGUAGUUCGCUACUUGCUACCUCUUUUGGUUUUUGCCCCCAUUUGUUUUUCCCCCACCUACUUUCCUGUCCGGAAAAGGCAAAAGUUCUCUUUAGAAAUUCUAUUCAUUUGUGGGUUUUCAUCGAAAUCCGUGUCUCGGUUUGAAUUUUUUAUUACUGCUGGACGAGGGACGUGGUUUUGUGAUUAAACCCAUCUUCAAAAAGAUUUUCUUUUCUUUUCUUUUUUUGCCGCCGGUGAUGAAGCGAUGACUUGAAGAAAUUGUGGGAAAUUUUGUGGUCUUGAUUUGGGACUCUGCCGUCGACGGCGAUGGGGGCCUCGCUUUCGAACAUGGGUGAAGCUGUUAAUGGCUCCACCAUCGGUCCUGGCCUCGGGGACAUACCAGAGAACUGUGUGGCACGUGUUUUUCUUCACCUUACUCCGCCGGAGAUUUGCAACCUUGCGCGGCUUAACAGAGCGUUUCGCGGCGCCGCCUCGUCGGAUGCUGUUUGGGAAACGAAAUUGCCUUCAAAUUAUCAAGAUCUUUUGGAUUUCUUGCCUCCCGAACGGUAUCAAAAUCUGUCAAAAAAGGACAUAUACGCGCUGCUAUCUCGCCCUGUGCCAUUCGAUGAUGGAAAUAAGGUGGAGGUGUGGCUGGACAGAAUUACUGGAAGGAUUUGCAUGUCGAUAUCAGCGAAGGGCAUGGCUAUAACUGGAAUUGAUGAUAGAAGAUACUGGAAUUGGAUUCCUACUGAAGAAUCUCGGUUCAAUGUUGUGGCAUAUCUGCAGCAAAUUUGGUGGUUUGAAGUAGAUGGGAUGGUGAAAUUUCCUUUUCCUGCUGAUAUCUAUACACUAACCUUCAGGCUUCACCUUGGGAGGUUCUACAAGCGGCUAGGCCGACGUGUAUGCAGCUUCGAGCAUACUCAUGGUUGGGAUGUAAAGCCUGUACGGUUCGAAAUGUCUACUUCUGAUGGACAGCAAGCAACACACGAAUUCUGUUUAGACGAGCAUGGAUUUAUUGAUGUAAGUGGACACCGCAAGCGGGGGUCAUGGAUAGAAUACAAGGUAGGUGAGUUUUUGGUCAACAAGUCAGGAUCAACCACGGAAAUUAGAUUUUCCAUGAAACAGAUCGACUGUACGCAUUCUAAAGGCGGACUUUGUGUAGAUUCUGUAUUUAUCAUUCCCAGCAUCUUGAAAGAGCGUAAAAGAUGAGGAAUAUCAAAAAGAAAAAGAAAAAAAAGUAGUCAACAGAAGAUGUUUCUGUAAUUCUUCUUGGUUACCUCAAAAGAUUAUAACAUGGAAAUUUACAGGUUAUAUACCAAUUUUAGGCAUUUCAGUCGCAUCGUCUUGGAUUCGAUAGUAGGUAGCGUUUUUUGUAUUUGUUAUGUACAUUCUGUUAUCAUACAAACUGAUCAGUUUUGUUACAUUGUGUACAAUUAACUUGAGGCUGACAAGAUUUAGGAGAAUUUGACUUAUUUCUUUGGUUAUUCAAA